AGAGAGUAGCGGGACUCGGGCACUAUUGGGCUAAAGCUGCCACCUCUAGGGGCCGAGCAAGGGGAGUGGGUGUAGGCGAUGGUACCGGUGCUGCGUUACCUGGGGGGUGCCUGCGGACGGGCCCGUGGGGGCUUCCCCGGGAGCUUCUCCGGGGUGUGCGGGCCGGCGUCGGGAAGGCCCUGGCCGCUUUGCGGGGCUGUCCGCAGUGCUAGCAGCAGCUCAUUUGAUAUAGUCAUUGUUGGUGGUGGAAUUGUGGGCCUUGCCUCUGCCAGAGCACUUAUCCUGCGACAUCCUGCACUUUCAAUUGGUGUUCUGGAAAAGGAGAAAGAUUUAGCUACUCACCAGACUGGACAUAACAGUGGUGUCAUACAUAGUGGAAUUUAUUAUAAACCUGAAUCUCUAAAAGCUAAAUUGUGUGUACAAGGUGCAGGCCUCAUCUAUGAGUACUGUAACAAGAAGGGAAUUUCCUACAAGCAGUGUGGCAAGCUAAUAGUAGCUGUUGAACAAGAAGAAAUUCCUAGACUUCGGGCCCUGUAUGAGAGGGGCCUGCAGAAUGGUGUCCAAGGCUUGAGACUGAUUCAGCAGGAGGAUAUAAAAAAGAAGGAGCCAUAUUGUAGGGGUCUAAUGGCUAUUGAUUGUCCAUAUACUGGUAUUGUCGACUAUCGGCAGGUAGCUUUGUCAUUUGCCCAGGAUUUCCAAGAAGCUGGUGGGUCUGUCUUGACUAAUUUUGAAGUAAAAGAUAUUGAAAUGGCUGGAGAAAGCCCUCCAAGAAGUAUAGAUGGGAUGAAAUAUCCAAUUAUGGUAAAGAAUACAAAGGGAGAGGAAAUUCAAUGUCAGUAUGUUGUGACAUGUGCAGGACUUCACUCAGAUCGUAUUUCAGAGUUAAGUGGCUGCAAUCCUGAUCCUCAAAUUGUACCAUUCCGGGGAGAUUACCUGCUCUUGAAGCCAGAAAAAUGCUAUCUUGUAAAAGGAAAUAUUUAUCCGGUUCCAGAUAGCCGCUUUCCUUUCCUAGGAGUUCACUUCACACCAAGGAUGGACGGGAAUAUUUGGCUAGGACCUAAUGCAGUUCUUGCCUUUAAACGGGAAGGAUACAGACCCUUUGACUUCAGUGCCAGAGAUGCUAAGGAUUUAAUUGCCAAUAGUGGCUUGAUUAAACUGAUCUCCCAGAAUCUCUCCUAUGGAGUUAGUGAAAUGUAUAAAGCCUGCUUUCUGAGUGCAACAGUGAAGCACCUUCAAAAGUUCAUCCCUGAAAUUACUAUCUCUGAUAUACUUAGAGGUCCAGCUGGAGUAAGAGCCCAAGCUCUGGAUAGAGAUGGAAAUCUGGUAGAUGAUUUUGUAUUUGAUGGAGGAGUUGGGGAUAUUGGAAGUCGCAUUCUUCAUGUGAGAAAUGCUCCUUCCCCUGCUGCCACUUCCUCCCUUGCAAUUUCUGGAAUGAUUGCAGAUGAAGUGCAGCAACGGUUUGAAUUGUAAAUAAUGGAAGGGGUUGGGUAUGCAUUAUAACCUCCAUAUCAGCAACAAGAAUGUAUUAAUUGUGUUCUUUAAUUAUAAUUUAAGAAAAAGAUUUUAAACCAGGAUGGUGGCACAUGCCUGUAAUCCUAGUGACUUGAGAGGUGCCAGGAGAAUUGCAAGUUUGAGGCCAGCCUAGGAUACUUAGCAAGAUCCUGAUUGCAAAACAAAAGCUAAGUAAGUAUAAAAUAAGCAGGACUCGGGAGAUGGCUCAGUGGUAGAGCACCCGUAGGUUCAAUCUCAGUACUGGGGGAAAAAAAAAGAAAGAAAGAAAUGGUUUUAAAGUCACCCUUUUAGAUUAAAAACCCCACUGAAUCAUCAAAAUAGUAUAAGAGAAAUAAGAAUUUUAAAUAAUUAAAUUUCAUGCUCUUUGUGAAUGAAGAAGCAAGGUGAAGUUUUAUCUGUCUUGAAUCCCUGACUUUGUUAAUGAUCUAUCCUUAACUGACCAGGAUCAAGAGAAGACUUGACUCUUUUAGAAUUUUGGGAAGGAGCUGACAAGUAGUCUUCAGCUACUUGGGAUGAUGAGAUGGAGAGGAUCACUUAAGCCCAGGCUGAUAAGUUGUUACUAGCCUGGGCAAAAUGGUGAAAGCUCACCUCAUUAAAAAAAAAAAAAGAAGAAGAAGAAGAAGAAGAAAAGAAUCUUUUGGUAAAGGUGAAAUAAAAAGUUGAUUAUUCUUUGAAAUCAGUUUUUUGGCUUUAAUAAGCUGUUUUGUCUCUCUUAGAAGAAAAAUCUAGUAUAGUGUAUUGUAUGUUGCAAACGUUCUUUUAAUUCUGAAGAGUCAUAGAAGAGCUGACAUAACUCAGAACAACAGUUUUAUAUUUGAAAGUUAAAAAUUUUUAAUUUCAAGAAAAUACAUGAUAUUUCACAUUUCUAAGUAGUUUAAAACAAAACUUUUAUUAUUUCUAAUCUCUUUAUACAUCUCUUUAUAACAUGUGAUAUUGGUAUCACUAAAUUCACACAGCUGUAUAUCAUAUGUGAUUACUGCUACAGUCUUCUGUGGUUGAGAAACUAAAAUCACCUAGAACUGAUAGUUUUUUAUAAGAGCAUUUUAGAAUCCUGACACUGAUGUAUAGAACUCUGUAAUUUUAAACAAUUAUUUAUCUCAUACCUCUGUCCUAAUAUUUUUAAAAUGUUGGCCAAGAUCACUCAUGAUUCAUACCUAUUUGGUUUUUCAGGGCUCCUAUAAACUUUUAUGAGGACAUUUCUCCAUUUUUGAUGAAUAUCUAACUUUGAGGCAUUCACUUUUGUAAACCGCGAAAGUGCCUUACGUUCAUGUGUACUUCAUGACUAUGUUAAAUCAGUGGCCAGUGCCAUUCUGUAUACUGUAUAUAUGUGUAUGGUUUAUCUGAUUGAAUGUUUCUUACAGUUGAGAAUGUUGUCAAAUAGAAAUGUAAGUGAAAAACGUGGCAACCUGACUGGAGAAACAGAACCACAGUUUAGGUGAGACAUUUUCAAUCUAUUCUCUCACAUGUGCUCCCUCAGGACUAAUCUUCCACGUUUCAUUUUUCUUACCUCUUACCUCUCCAAAACUGUUUGAUGGAUGAGUAGAAAGGAUGUGCAUGUUGGUUGAUAGGAAAAACUUUUCUGUUUUCUUCCUUUUUUCUUCACUUCAGCCUUGGUGAUUACAUUGACCAAGCUACCUCAUCAAUUUGAAAGAAUACUCAUCAUCACCUCCAGUUCAAGAAGCAGCUCAUCCUAGGUAAAUAGAUUAGGCAAUUAUUGAGCAGUGGGGAUGAGCAUAUUGAGAACAUUCAGAAGUCACUGACAGAAGAAACAAGCCCCAAUGGAUCAUUACAACAACUGAUUCCUUCGAGAAAUGCAGCACACAGGAUGUUUUUCUGUUCUGUUACAAGACUAAUAAGACGUGGAAAAUAUUACAGUUCUCUAUUUCAUCAGCAGUAAGAUUGCAUACACACUACGCUGUGGAAAAGACUAAAAUUACAAAAGUAACUGUCCUAAUGGACGCAAUCCUCAUUCCAUUGGGGUCUGUACUAUACCCCCAAAAAUGUAAGCAGGAAAUUUAUUGAAAAAAUUUUUGAACAUGUAGGAUAUUCUGUUUGAAUAUUAAGUCAAUAGGGUUUUAUUGUUAAAUACUUAUAUAAUAUUUAAGAGUUUUGUGUCUGAGAGAAGAAAAUGUAUAUUAGUAUUAAAAUAUUUUAAUGAGCCUUGGUGUUGUGAACAUAUUUUUUAGUUCCAUAAAAACUUUUACUCAAAUACUCUGUGUGUAAAACUUAAAACUGUCAUAGCUUUAGAUAAGCCAAUCUUUAAAAAAUUAAAAACUGCCUUUCUAUUUGUAUAUAACAUAAAAAUGAAGCAGAGAAGUUUAUAUUUUAGGUUAAAAGUGAAGCAUUUUAGGUUUUAGCUUCAUUGUGUUUAGUUUGUGGGGAACUCAGGAUACUGGCAAGUACAUUUUUGGUGUUAUAUAACUUAACUCUUUUAUCUAUACAUGUAUGUAUAUCAAAGUCCUCCCUUGAUCCUCUCAAAGUUUGCACUGUUUGGGGAGUUGCCCUUGUUGUUGGCAGAGUUUCACUUCCCCUGAGGUCAUUUAGAAGUUUGCCUACUAGCUACUGGAUAACUUUAACUCUUAAAACUUUCUUCAAAGGACGGUGGUGAGAGGGAUAUAUAUUGCUAACCUCUGGCAUAUGGGAGUGUGUUGGGCCUGCAUUUGGAGGCUGUCCAACCCUGAUGGCUAUGCCUGUGAGUUAUCCCUCUGAACCUGAGACAGAUGGUGUCUAUAUUGUUUAAGAGCUAGCUCUGCCCUCCUGGGCCCUUGAUCUAUGUCUAGACUUCUUUGGCUAAAUGUUUCUUCAUCUUUCUGAGUAUACACCAUUUAUUAUCUAAACACAUUAUGGACAAUUUUGAGGAGCAAUUGUGAAGUAAGUUGCUAAGUUUUUGUAAACUCCAGGAUUUUUAAAAAAUCUCUUCAUAAGAAUUUAAGGUGGAAGGAUGGGUGCAAGGACAGGGCAAAGUGGUUGGGAAAGAAAAAUGCCUAGAAAUGUUUUCAAAUAGUUUGUGCCCAUUAAAAAAUGGACAUAAACCCCAAAGCCCUGAAGGGAAGAAUGGUGAAACCAACCAACUCUAUACUUUUCUGACCUCAAAUCCUAAAGUGGAUCAUGUUUUGUGAAGUGUUAUUAUUGCCUGCUAACGGAAGGGUCUUUCAUCAAAGUUAUCUUGUUAAGAUUCUUUUGCCUCUUGGAUGAAUGAGAAUUUUACCUUUUACAUGUGACAGGAGAGGUAUAUGAUAGCAUGCUUUGGGUUGCUCAGGGAGCCCCAUUUUAAAUUUAGGGAAAGACCUGAAGGCCAAUGGUAACAAAGUGAUGUUGCUUACUAAAGAACCUUGAAUUUCAGCCAAGUUUGGCUUAAAACUGUAUCUUUAGAAUCACUUCUUUUUAACUUGUUCCUCUGAAACUGCUGGAGUAAAAUGAAUAGGCAAAAGCGGUGUUGAUAAUUUUCUCCAUGCCUUUCAGAUAUAAUUUUACUUACAUUUGUCCACUGAGAAUACAAGAAAUGUCUUUUAGUGCCACCAGUUUAUGAUCAAGGGUAUUUUGAAGGAUCGGGUAGCCAGUAUUGCUUGGAAUACAAUAUCAAAUUGCUGUUUCCAAGAAUGUCUAAUUUCUUCAACCUUUGAUUGCCUAACUUUUUCUUAGAUUCUUGAUCAAUCGUACUAGCUGGGACAUGUACAAAGUUCUAAUUGCCUGGAUCCUUUUAAAUAGCAAGAGCCAACCAGAUGGAGAUGUACCUCAGUGGUAGAGCAUGUGCCUAGCAUUUGUGAGGCCAACCCUGGGUUUAAUCCCCAGCACCACAAACAAAUAAAUACUGGUAACUAAGUAUGUUGGUAAUGUUAUAAAGCAGUUGUCUUCUGAUAUCCAAGAUGGUGCUUUGGGAUUUAGGGAUAUCAAGUAAGGUUUGUUUUGAUAUCAAGUAGGGUUUGUUUUGAUUUGUUUUGUUUUUGCUUUUAUUUUUGCAUGUUAGAAUUUUGUGGUUGGUAGUAAAUUUUUUAACAUACUUUGAGUUUAGAUUUCUCUCAAAUUACUUGAUAAGUUUUUUAGAAUUAAAUAAAAUAAAGGCCUAGUAUUAAAUUUUGUGUUAUUUUAACAAGGUUGAGAUGACAUUGAGGAUUUCAAGGUUCCACCAGCAUUUCCAAUUGAGAGGAUAGUGGAAGGAGAAUAUAUUGAUUGCAUUUAUCCUAAGAAUGUAUAUGGUAGGUGAGAACAGGCUUGAAGGGAAUCAGGACUAAUCCAAAUUAUUCAGCUUCCAGGAGUACCAACAAGAAUUUUUAGAAGGAUCACAUCGAUGGAUCACAUCAAAGGAUCACACUAUUUUUGCCUAAGUAGAGGGUAUAUGUAAAUUUGGCCAAAAAACCUGAAAUUUGGCCAAAUAUGGUAGCCCAUGCCUCCAAUUCCAGCCACUCAGUAGGCUGAACACAGAGGAUUGCUUGAGCCCAGGAGUAUGAGACUUGUCUGGACAACAUAGCAAGACCCCUGUCCCCCAAACAAUAAUAAUAACAAAAACAAAACAAAAAAAACAUGAGUAGAAUAUCGUAAUUAUCAAAUAAAAUAACACUUCAUGGUGGGCUAGUAGUAUAAAUUAACAAAUACCAUUUUUUUCCUACCCUUGUGGAGGAAGUUUGUGUCUUUUGGUAUUUUGAGUUCAGCUUCUGGGAAUAGAAUCUAUUCUAACAAGAUAAAUAAGACUAUAUUUAUUCUAAGGCAUACAAGAUCAUUAGAAAGCUGAUGAAGUAGACUCUAGAUAGGUUGGGCUUUCUGGAACAAAUCCUAAAACCACACCACAAACCAGGCCACCAACAUAGCAGUUCCAAAAUAACUAUGAUCCAUCAACAGGGUAAUUGGCCAGACAGUGAGUCUAGCCAUUGCUGCUGCUGCACACAAAUAGUGACUAAACAAUAGCUGCCUGCAGAAGUAUGAGAUUUGUAGCUUCCAUUCACAUCUGGCUUCUUAGAUCUCACUUCCAUUCACUUCUUAGAUCUUCUUAGAUCUCAGAGUAUAUCUGAAAAGCUCAUCCUAAAUCAUUUCCAGAAUCCUAGCUGCAAGGAAUCUAGCUUUUAGCUUUCCUAUUAGUGAUAAUAGGAUACUAGGAGGAUAGAAUGUACGUUGCCUGUCAUAUGCUAUAACCAUCACGCCUACUAAUUAAUUACCACAAUGUAGGUAAAUUACUAUAUGUGCUAACACUUUGGGGAAAACAAAUCAAUAUUUGUUUUAUUUAUUUUCUGAUUGCUAACAAACUAAACCCUGUCUGGGAGCUAUACUGAACAGAUGAUGAAUAUAUUCAUUGUUGAUACCUCAACUUGAUAACCAUCAGGACUUGGAAGGAUUUUAUUGCAAUAAUACAAAUGAUAAGAACUUGAAUGGUGCCUUUCACUUUUAUUAUAGGACUUUGUAUCUGGAACAGCUACUUACAAAAAAUGACUAUCUGGUAAUGGUGGCAAUAUCUGAAUGACCUCAGUGUCAUUUUCGUACUCCAGAGCAACAGGAAAAUUAUUUAUGUUUAAUAGCAGAUUGUAAUUAACAAUAACACAUAAUGCUUUUUUCUAUAGGCACAAUGAAUCUUUUGGAAUUUCAUAAAAAUUAUAGUUCCUUUUGAGAAGACAUCAUUGGUAGUCUUUUGCAGGGCAUGGGGUUUCCAGAGAAGAGCCUCCCAUGAGGGUUGUUGGUCGACUCUGCUCCCACUUCUUUCAGGCAAGUUGACUAUGAAAGUACCAAAGCCCAUAUAUGGCAGCGAACUAUGAAAGUAACAACAUUUAUUGUUUCCUGUGGUGUUGCUUUGAUUUACUACUUAUUGUCAGCACUUGUAGCUUUAAGUAAAUUAAGGAAGUAUGAAAUCAGAAAUGGGAGAAAUGUUGAACAAAUCCUUUUAGCAAAUAUUUUUUAGUGAGAGAAUAUUAGUAGUAAAAUUUUAUCUGCCUUUUAAAAUCAAAGAUGUACUUGGGUCAUUCAAAUUAUCUCCCAAAGCCAUUAUAAAUUUGAAAAGGCCAAACAAUUACUGCUAUCAAAUUAUUAAUGAAGUAUUUAGUGUGUUAAUUUCAUCUCAACUUUAUGAUUGAAUUUUUGUUAUAUGUAUGUACCCCUUCAUAGUAUCAAAGCUUAAUAUUUCCAUUUUUUUUGGCCCAUGAAGCAAAAGUUUAUAAUCAAGUUGGAAUAUUUUUUUAUUAAAAAUAACUUAAUUUUUUAGUGUUUUGAACAAAUACCACAUUCAGUUGGUUGAAAAUUCAAGUUACAAAAAGGAACUUAGUGAAAAAUCCCUCUCUCCUUCAGCCACCCAGUUUUCAUCUUCUGUUACAAGAAUAUUGUAUAGUCUUGCAAAGAAAUUGUAUUUACAUACAUAAAAUAGUACCUACUUUAAAAAUAUAAGUGCUACCAUAUUCUGUG